AAUUCUAAUUUGAGCAUCAAAACACAGGUCAUUGGCGCCUAUUUCGCUUCCAUAACAUUGAUUAGAACUUGACAAAAUAAUACAAGAAUAACGUCAGAAGUAGACAAUAUCUUUCUAUGAAGUUUCAUGUCCUAACAGUUCUCGAGAAUCUUCUAAACGUAAAUAAUUUUCUAGUAAAGAAAAGAUAUCUGAACUUUAGUGUCUUAAACAGUGACGGAGUCUUAAAAGUUCUAUCAGGGAAAGGUCCAGAUGCUGCGGAAGCAGACAGACAAAGUAAGCUUUUGGAUCAUAAAGUUAUAAAAUGCUGACUUAACCUACAGUUCAUUCCCAAUUGAAAAAGUCUAAUACCGGGCUAUCAUAAGAAUCUCCAGAAAGACAUUUGAUUCUCUGCAGAUAAAGGAUAAGAAUAACACUCUGUUGAACACCCAAGUUCAUACCUAAAACCAUGUCUCAUUCAUCUUUUUUUGAUAUAAACUCAGAAUUAUUCUCAAUUGAUUGAAUGAAGAUGAAUCAACAUGCAUACUAUCAGUAUCUUUGUAGAUAUUUUACAGAACUAACAAAAAGGAAAUGCCAUGAUAGCUCCUCUAGACGAUGCUCUGUAAUAAAAAAAAAAAUAUGCAGAAAGACGAGAGAAAGAAGAAACAUCACCUCACAAAAAGCUAUGGAGCAAGACGACAAUCUCAUUCCAUUCAAACAGAACAACACUGAUUCGAACAUCUCUUAACACCAAUUUCAAUCUCAGCAUCUUUCACACCAUGGCCACAAGCGUCUCCCACUCUCCCGAUUUCCGCCCUGAAGUUUCCGUUACGCCGCCGACCCACGACGGCCUUUACUUCUGGCAGUUCAUGAUCGCCGGCUCAAUCGCAGGGUCGGUCGAGCACAUGGCGAUGUAUCCAGUGGACACUCUCAAGACCCGAAUACAAGCCCUAGGUGGUGGAUCGUCAACAGUCCGACAAGCACUCGGCUCGAUUCUGAAAGUGGAAGGUCCGGCUGGGCUCUACCGUGGAAUUGGAGCAAUGGGUUUAGGCGCAGGACCUGCACACGCCGUCUACUUCUCGGUAUACGAGUUUGCGAAAGAAGGGUUUUCAAUGGGGAAUAAGAACAACCCAUUAGCGCACGCCAUCGCUGGAGUUUGUGCGACGGUGACGAGCGACGCCGUGAUAACGCCGAUGGAUGUAGUGAAACAGAGGCUGCAGUUGAAGAAUAGUCCUUAUAAAGGAGUGGGGGACUGUGUGAGGAGGAUUUUGGCUGAGGAAGGGAUUGGGGCGUUGUAUGCUUCUUAUCGGACCACGGUUGUGAUGAAUGCACCGUAUACGGCGGUGUAUUUUGCGACUUAUGAAGCUGCUAAAAGGGGAUUGAAGGAGGUGUCACCGGGAAGUGAUGACGAUGAGAGGCUGAUUGUUCAUGCUACGGCCGGUGCGGCAGCUGGGUCUCUUGCUGCUGCUCUUACAACGCCAUUAGACGUUGUGAAAACUCGGCUGCAGUGUCAGGGAGUGUGUGGUUGCGACAAAUUUUCAAGCAGUUCAAUUGGAUACGUACUUGGGUGUGUGGUGAAGAAGGAUGGCUACAACGGGCUGAUGAAAGGAUGGAUUCCAAGGAUGAUGUUCCAUGCCCCUGCUGCUGCAAUUUGCUGGUCCACUUACGAGGCUUCCAAAUCCUUCUUUCAACAUCUCCAGAAUCACAACAACAAUUAGAAACAACAUUUGUUUACUCACUGCCAAUACUUUCACGACAGGAGUAAACAAAAAGCUCAUUACUUACACUUAUAUAUUGUAUUCCGAUAUCAAAUCCUGUUAUCCAAUAAAAUAAAUUUACAGUUACAAGUUAA